AAAGAAGCGCUCGCAGGCGAGCACAGGCGCGUGGGGACUGUCUCUUAUUACAACGGAGGAAAACACAACUUAUACCUCGCGCUGUGGGAAGUCGCCAAAAGUCGUGAAAUCGCGUAGUUUGACUUGAAGAUACUUUUGCACGUGAUCCUUUUAGACUGUGAUGAACAACGAUGUGGAUGUGGUCAUUACGCACUGAAAUCUCGAUGUUUGCAUGUAAACGUGGACAUUAAAAGCGUGUUAUCUUUUCUUUUUUUCUUAUUAUUUUUGCCUUAACAUUCACAUGACGCAAAGUUUACCUGUGAGUUCAGGUUUUGUGGACAGACUGUGCGCUUGCCAAGUGGAGUUGCGAGUCCUAUUGCUGACAAUCCGCAAGGAAAUAUGAACGUCUCCCUUUUCGACGUGACCCAGGGUGCGCUCUAUAACGGGAGUCAGACUUUAGCCGGAACUCUGGCAAAUUACUCCACCAAUGCCACCGACAACGUGGUGACCGGCGACGGCGGAGGCUCCCUGGUGCUUCUGCAGGACGAGCGCAAACUCUUCGUGAUGCGCGUGGUUCAGAUCGCCGUGCUGUGCGUACUGUCGCUCACUGUCGUAUUUGGCAUCUUUUUUCUCGGGUGCAACCUGAUGAUCAAAUCGGAAAGCAUGAUCAACUUCCUGGUGAAGGACCGGAGACCCUCCAAAGACGUAGAGACGGUCAUGAUCGGGCUCAGUUAGAGCACAGGAGAACAGGUACUGUGGAGAACCGGGAGGAUCCAGGAGAUCCGGUGCGCGUCUCCAGCCGCAGGUCGGAAUGUGCAUCUGCAUGUACUUAUGAAAGACGUUCUCUAUGUGUCCUAGUGGGGAAACAUAUGCAAAAAAACUUCACAUUUCCUUCCGAAUAUGACUACGGGAAAGUAGUCCAACGACCAAUGUUUGUGCGUAAAGUUUGUGCGUAAAAGACGGGCAAAUGUUUACACGUGGGCUGAUCUGUUGAAUCUUUGGAGUGAAUUUAAAGUUGCCAACUUGAACAAAGUGACGAAAAUGUUUACAAGUUGUUACCUCAUUUUUUGUUUUGUUUUUUUUUGUAAUUCUAAAAAUGAAUGUUUCUAAGCAUGAUUGUGAAUUCUUAUAGUUUCACGUCUGCCAGUGAGCUUUUUUGGACGUAAUGGAAAUGUGGGUAUUCUCUAUACAAAGUAUUUUUUCUCGCUCUUGUUUGGUAAAUACACUUGAAAUACUGAACGUCUGCACGUCUUUCAAAUAACUCACGUCACAGCUUUAUGGAGUGAUUCUGGUUCUGUUUGGCAUGCUCGCUAAUUGAUCUGUAAAGUGAUUUUUGGAACCGUUUUGCACUUUUCACUGAUGCUGCAUGAAUUAUUUUGUACUAAAAAAAAAAACUUGAAACUGCAGCAUGCAAUUAAAACAUUAAA